AUGAUCCUGGCCGCCAUUUGUGGAACUCUGGCAGGAGAGUACAACUAUCAGGUAAACAUGCUGCCCUACUUCGAUGUGGCCAUGCUGCAGACCUAUUUGGAUGUCGAUCCAGCAAGUGCCAGGGGUGAACACCUCAUGGACGCAGGCCGCAUUGUCUUCUCGGAGGGUUCCCACCUGGACCUUCAGCAUUCCAUGGGCUUCAUGGACACGGAGACUUGGUGCGUUGCACCUGUGACGACAAGAAACCUCGAUGGCAACAGCACCAUGCCCGCCGUCGUUGACUUCUGGGCCAUCGGCAAGAACUGUUGCACAGGCAGCACUGGGGGUGAUUUUCGUUGCGGUUCGCUGCUGACUCAGAUCUGCUUGCAACUGCUACGUUCAGACAUGCGUGACGCCGUUUGA